GCGCGGCGCUCCCCAGUGGCGCUGGCCGGGGCUGCGCAGUCGGGCACCUCCUUCCGCGUCUCGGUCCACGCGGGCGCAGGUCUCCCGAGCGCCGGCCCGCAGCGAGGCUGCCUCCCCGUCGAGCAUGGGGCUGCCUCGGAGGGCGCGAGAGCCGACGGAGCUGCGUAAGAGCCUGAAGCCGCUGCUGGAGAAGCGCCGCCGCGCGCGCAUCAACGAGAGCCUGCGGCAGCUCCGGGCGCUCGUCCUGCCGCUGCUCGGCCUGGAGAGCUCUGGCUGCUCGAAGCUGGAGAAGGCGGACAUCCUGGAAAUGACGGUGCGCUUCCUGCAGGAGCUGCCUGCGUCCUCCUGCCUGGCGGCGGCCCCCACGCCCUCCGACAGCUACCGCGAGGGCUAUGGCGCCUGCCUGGCGCGCCUGGCCCGCGUGCUGCCCGCCUGCGGCGCCCUGGAGCGUGCGCUGGGCGCUCGGCUGCUGGAGCACCUGCGGCAGAGAGCGGCCGGCGCCUCCCCCGACGGCGGGCGCCCUGAGGACUCCUGUGGGUCGCCCUCGCCCUCCGCACCGCCCACCCCCGCACCCUCGCCGCCUGCGUCUCCUCGCGGCCCUGGCCUCUGGCGGCCUUGGUAGCCCCUGGCGAGUCCACGGACGCCGCUGCCGGCCCUGGGGACUGAGGAGGCCUGGCAGCAGCUGCCUUUCCCACCAGGAGGGGUCAGCCACAGCCAGGACGCAGCCGGAUGUCUGUGAUCCGAGCGGUGGACUGCAGGCCUGGGGACUCAGCUGGAAGAAAUAAGGGGAGAAGCCCGCCUCACCCCCAACUGGAGGGUGUCUGGGCCGAGGAGAAGGAGCGAGUGGCUGCAGGGGAGGAGGCGCCCCCACCCCUGCUGGUGGAAGGCACACCUGUCCCCACACUGGCCCCAAUCCAAGGGCUGGGCUGAGCUCACCUGGGCAGACCUCACCUGAGCCAGGUGCAGCCAUCUGCUCUGGCUGGUCGCUGCCCUCCUGGGCCUGCCUCCUCGCCAGCUCUGCUGGGCAGCUCUGCUGGGCAGCCUCUGCGCAGAUGGAAGCAGUGACCUGAGGGCUCUGCGGGCCUGGGAGCCAUCACCUCCAUGCCUGGCUCUCCGUCCAAAGCCUCCAGUGACAGGGCCUGGAGGCAGCCGGGCUCCGUGCUGUCUGGGCGGGGGCCUGGCUGGGUGGGCGUGGGAGGACUCAUUCCCUGAGCAUUAGUCUAGCCUGGUUCAUGUGCCAGGUGUGAGAAGGAUGGGCAAGGAUGCGGGUGCCCUGCGGCCCCAAGGAGACCCAACGGGGAGGCAGUGCCGGGGAGGUGAGCACGGCCAUGUCACCGCAGCAGGGAUUCAAGGGCAACAGCAGGUGAAGGAUCAGGAAACACCUUUCCUCAUUUUCUCUUCACACCUGCUCCUGGCUGCUCUUCAGGUUUGGUCACUGGGAGCGACUUGUUCUUAGACUUUUCUUUCUUCCCCGUGGACGUCAGGAGAGCCUGCAAAGACUCAGGGAGGGGCCCGUGGGUCCCAGGAGUGGGUGCCCAAGACACGGCGGGAGCCCCACUGGACCCUGUUCCCAGCAUUUCCUGAGGAUCCGCUGAGCCUCGUCCCACAGCCUGUGGAGGGACCAGGGCACGAGGGGCGGAAGGCGGAGCUGAUGGAGGGGGAGGGGUCACCAAACCCGGGAUGACCUCGGCACUGAUUUGGAUGUCAGGACGUGGGAAGCUGUGGGUGUUAUUGAAGAAGUCACUGCUGCCUGGCCAGUGAGCUCAGUGGUUUGGCACCACCCCAGCAGCAAGAGAUUGCCGGUUCAAUUCCUGGUCAGGGCACAUGCCUGGGUUGUGGGCUCCAUCCCCGGUAGGGGGUGUGCAGGAGGCAGCUGAUCGAUGUUUUUCUCUCUCAUUGAUGUUUCUAUCUCCCCCUCUCCCUUCCUCUCUCUCUAAAAAACAAUAAAAACGUUUUAAAGAAGUCA